CCUCAGCCAAUGACUUAACGGCAUCUGGCUAGUUUGACAUUUCAACAAUAUGUUUUAGCAAGUUAUUUUAAAUCCUUCAUGUUGGAGUGGAAUUUUAUGAUUCUUCUGAUCUUAGAAAUUGGCACAAAUAGAAGCAUGGACAAUCAGGAUUACCUUUGCUAUAGGAACUUCGGCCUCACACUUAUUUCUGCAAAAAAUCUUCCAAAUGUCCGUAAAUAUUUCAAACCCAAAGUGUAUGCCAAAGUUACAUUCUGUGGUGACAAGAAAACUGAGAAGCGAACUCUGGCCGACAAGCACGGUGAGUCGAAUCCAGCAUGGAAUUAUACAUUGAAAUACAAAAUUGAUGAAUCAGGUAUUGCGCAGUACGGCCUCCAACUGGUCAUCAAAUUAUACUGUAAAAGAACACUCGGGGAUCGAUUUGUCGGAAAGAUUUACAAAUCGAUGAAAGAACUUUUUGAUGAUGCUCAAAGCUCGGGAGGCAGUGCCGUAUUAUCUCUCCCAAUCAAGAAGGGUUCUGAAGAAACGGGUGGGCGUUUGACUUUUUCGUACAAAUUUGGGGAGAUAAUUCAGGAGAAAAAACCAGGUUUUUUUAAGAGAAUUCUGCUUCCUGGAGCUUGUAUUUUGUUCAGUGUGGUAACUCUAGCAACAGUUGGAGUGGGUGUACCGUACGUUCCUUUUGAUGGUCAACAUGAUAUUGUCCAUCCAGAUGAGUUGAAUGAGAAGAAAUGAAAUGUCCUUACAAGUUGAAAAUCCUCGACAUAUCUGUUACUCAGCACUACAUGCAUGCAGUAUUAAAUAUGACAUAGGAGCUUCUAAAUAGUUGUUAACAUGUGUUCGAAUCCGAUAUUAUGAUGUUUUAAUAUUAAAUUCCA